AUGGUGAUUGCCGGAGCACCUGAGCCGUCGCCAGAGCUCGUUGCCGCCUGGUCGGCUGCGGCCGCCAAGCCUCUGGCGGUGCCUGAAAGGGCGACCAUGGCGACGAAGCCCCCUCUACCGCCGGCUCUGAAGCCCGUGACAGCAGUCUCUGAAAAGACUCCUCCCCCCGCACCCGCGGAUCCCCUCGCCGGGUCAGAGGCAGGCCCGUUCGCUCCCGCUGCUGUUCCGUCUGCUCCGCCUGUGGCACCUGGCCCCCUGGAUCCCCUUGUCGAGCCGUCGACGUCUGCCCCUGCUGGGGGUGUUGCUGAGCCCCCUGCACCUGUCCCUGGCGCCCUUGUUGCGCCGACCGCUUCAGUCCCUUACCCGCCUGCUCCGGCCUCUGCUUCGUCGCCAAAGGCGGCGUCCGCCACCACUGGCGAGCCGGCUCCGUCGGUUGCGCCUGCGGCGGCGGGCCAGUCCGCCCCUGCUGUGACGGCGGUGGCCCUUGCAGGCCAACCGUCACGCCCUCUGUCGCCUGACCGUCGUUCGUCACGCCCCCAUUCCCCCGCUCCCCAACAGGACCGCAGGUCCUCUCGUCGCCGGCGUGAAUCUCCCCGGCGGUACCAGCAGCAGUCGCAGUGGCCUGCUCACACCGGUGGUCAGGGGGAUUGGAGGGGUCGCCGUGCACGUGGCGGAGGUGGGGGGUUUCGCCCGCCUGUGACGAUGGCGGAUCUUCAGCGGGAAGUGUCGAGGGCGGUUCGCGAGGAGAGGGCGGCGCAGAGCCAGAGCCGUUCGCUGCGCGCCUUGCCAACCCACGAGGCUCCCCGUCCGGCUGCGCUCCCCCCGAACUCGCCGCCUGUUGCUGCGCCUCCCCCUCACAUCCAGGCACCACCAGCUCCUUCUCCCGCUGUAUCGGCACCUGCUCCCGGUUCUCGUCUCCAUCUGCCGCCGGUUCCGCCCGUUGCGGGAGUGGAGUUUGUGGCCGCGGGAGGCGGCUCGUUGGCGGCUCCGUUCGCUCUCCCAGCUGAUGCUGUAGAGCCGCUCCAGUUUCUGGCGGAGGCUCUACAGCCGCCGCAGACCCGUGUGCUGGCCCACUCGUCUCUCCCUGUGAUCCCUCCUGAGACCUUCCGUGCUCGCCAACGUGACCCUUGCCUGGACGCGGCGGACCAGCUCGCGGUGCUGCUGGCGCCCGUGUUGGCUGCGCCCGCGGAGGGUGGCGCUGCUGCUGCGGGACAGCUUGACGCCGUCCGGGGCUUGAGGAGGCACUUGCGCGCAGGAUCUGGAGCCGCGGCGAUCGGCGCAAGUACGCUCGUGGUACGGGAGCUGUGGCGCUCCCUGACGGGCAUUCUUCACGCCCUUGGAGCUCACCGCAUGUAG